AUGGACAUCAAAAUUAAUAAGACAGAUGACAGCAAACAGUACCUGGAAUACAAUACCUUGGGAGGUGUCUUCGACUUUUACUUCUUGGCCGGACCGACUCCUAAAGACGUCAGUUCGCAGUAUGCCGGUGUCGUUGGGCUUCCAGCUAUGCAGAGUUAUUGGACGUUUGGUUUCCACAAUUGCAAAUACGGCUAUCGGGAUGUGUACGAGGUAGCCGAAGUGGUCUACAAUUACAGCCAAGCAGGGAUUCCAUUGGAAACAAUGUGGACAGACAUUGACUACAUGGAUGGCAGAAGAGUCUUCACGCUCGAUCCCUUGAGGUUCCCAACCCAUAAGAUGCGUGAAUUGGUGUCAUAUCUUCAUGCCCACGACCAACACUAUAUAGUCAUGGUUGAUCCAGCAGUGAGCGUGAGCAACAACAGUGCCUUCCAAAGAGGUAAAGAAAAUGGUGUCUUCUUGCAACAUCAAAAUGGCAGUCUUUACGAAGCCGAUGUCUGGCCAGGUCUAACAGCCUUCCCUGACUGGUUCAACCCGGUUACGGCUCCCUGGUGGAACGGGGAGUUCAACAUAUUCUUCAGUCCAGAGAGCGGCGUCGAUAUUGACGGUCUGUGGAUUGAUAUGAACGAGGCCUCCAACUUUUGCCCUUACCCUUGCACGGACCCGGCUGGCUAUGCGAUUGAAAAUGAUUUACCUCCUUCACCACCACCUGUUCGGUCGAAUCCCCGUCCUUUGCCUGGAUUCCCGUCAGACUUCCAGCCUUCCGGGUCAAAACGCUCCGUGAAACGAGCAUCCACCAAAGGAAAGAAAGUCGGCUUGCCUGGCCGUGAUUUAAUCAAUCCACCAUACCAGAUUGCCAAUGCUGCAGGAUCUCUCAGUAACAAAACCAUUGACACAGACCUUAUUCAUGCUGGUGAAGGUUACGCCGAGUACGACACGCAUAACCUAUACGGUACAAUGAUGAGUUCCACUUCACGCGGAGCCAUGCUCCAGCGUCGUCCAAAAGUAAGACCACUGGUAAUUACUCGCAGCACAUUUGCUGGAGCUGGAGCACAUGUUGGGCACUGGCUCGGCGACAAUGCCAGCUUGUGGGAGAAAUACCGGAUUUCCAUUGCCCAAAUGCUGUCUUUCGCAUCCAUUUUCCAGAUUCCAAUGGUUGGAUCAGACGUGUGCGGGUUCAUAGGCAACACCACCGAAGAGCUCUGUGCCCGUUGGGCCACACUGGGCGCUUUCUACCCUUUCUACCGCAACCACAACGAUAUUGAGGGCAACCCCCAGGAGUUCUAUCUGUGGCCAAGCGUAGCUGAAGCAGCCCGCAAAGCUAUCGACAUCCGCUACCGACUCCUCGACUACCUCUACACCUCGUUUCACAGACAAACCUUGACCGGGGAACCGUUCUUGCAGCCAUUGUUCUACCUGUACCCAGAAGACCCAAACACAUUCCCGAUCGAACUCCAGUUUUUCUUCGGCGACGCCCUCCUCAUCAGUCCCGUCACAGAUGUAAAUCUUACCUCCGUUGAGGCGUAUUUGCCGAACGAUCUCUUCUACGACUGGUAUACCGGUCUGCCUGUGCGCGGUACAGGGGCAAACGUCACCCUUGACAAUAUCGAUAAAACCGAUAUUCCUAUUCACAUCCGCGGAGGAAGUAUAAUCCCCCUUAGGAAGACAAGCGCAAACACGACGACUGCACUCCGUCAGAACGGUUUCGAAAUCCUCAUUGCCCCAGGUCUGGACGGCAAGGCAUCGGGAAGCCUCUACCUCGAUGACGGGGAGUCCCUUGAACAGAAUUCCACCGCAGAAAUAAAGUUCGAGUAUGAGAACGGCGUUUUUAGUCUCUUCGGCACCUUCGACUACCUCCCUGCAGCGUCGAUCGAGACUGUUACUUUGCUAGGACAAACGUCGCAGCCACACGUUACUAGGGCAGUCCAGGAUAGUGCUGUUGAGGGAUAUGAGUAUGACGCAGGUCGCCAGAGUGUCAUGGUUAAGACGAACAUCGGCCUUACUGGACCUGCACAAGUGAGUUUCAAAUAG